AUGGCCGCCGCGACCACCCCCCGCAGCCUGCUUGUCCUCCUCCAGGUGCUCGGGCUGGCCCUGGCGCAGAUCAGAGGUCCACCGGGCGAGCCGGGCCCGCCAGGACCCCCGGGGCCGCCUGGAGUGCCUGGAUCCGACGGCAUCGACGGUGACAAGGGGCCCCCUGGGAAAGCUGGCCCUCUGGGACCCAAGGGAGAGCCUGGCAAAGCUGGACCAGAUGGGCCAGAUGGGAAGCCUGGGAUUGACGGUUUAACUGGAGCCAAGGGGGAGCCUGGCGCCAUGGGGACCCCUGGAGUCAAGGGCCAGCCUGGGCUCCCAGGUCCCCCUGGUCUGCCGGGCCCUGGUUUCUCUGGACCUCCUGGACCACCUGGACCUGUUGGCCUCCCUGGAGAGAUUGGAAUCCCAGGCCCCAAGGGGGAUCCUGGACCAGAGGGACCAUCGGGGCUCCCAGGACCCCCUGGGAAACCUGGUCGCCCAGGAACCAUUCAGGGCCUGGAAGGCAGUGCGGAUUUCCUGUGUCCAACCAACUGUCCAGCGGGUGUGAAAGGCCCCCCAGGGCUGCAGGGAGUGAAGGGGCAUCCGGGCAAACGCGGGGUCCUGGGUGAUCCUGGCCACCAAGGGAAGCCGGGUCCCAAGGGAGAUGUGGGUGCCUCUGGAGAGCAAGGCAUCCCUGGACCACCGGGUCCCCAGGGCAUCAGGGGCUACCCAGGCAUGGCAGGACCCAAAGGAGAGAUGGGUCCUCAUGGUUAUAAAGGCAUGGUGGGCUCCAUUGGUGCCACUGGGUCACCGGGUGAAGAAGGUCCAAGGGGGCCACCAGGCCGAGCUGGGGAGAAGGGCGACAUGGGCAGCCAAGGUGUUCCAGGACCCCAGGGGAUAACAGGCCCUAAGGGAGCAACCGGCCCCCCAGGCAUCGACGGCAAGGACGGGACCCCAGGCAUACCUGGCACAAAGGGCACUGCAGGACAGGCGGGGCGGCCAGGAAACCAAGGCCACCAGGGCCUAGCAGGUGUGCCGGGCCAGCCUGGGACAAAAGGAGGCCCUGGAGACAAGGGUGAGCCGGGCCAGCAAGGCCUCCCUGGAUUCUCUGGUCCCCCCGGGAAGGAGGGAGAGCCAGGACCUGGAGGAGAAAUUGGUCCCCAGGGCAUCAUGGGGCAGAAGGGUGACCAGGGCGAGAGGGGGCCAGUGGGGCAGCCAGGGCCUCAAGGACGACAGGGCCCCAAGGGGGUGCAGGGGCCUCCCGGAAUUCCAGGGCCCCAAGGUUUGCCAGGCAUCAAGGGAGACAAGGGCACCCCAGGGAAGGCCGGGCCCCGCGGCGGAGUGGGCGACCCGGGCGUGGCCGGUCUCCCCGGAGAGAAAGGCGAGAAGGGCGAGUCUGGCGAGCCGGGGCCCAAGGGACAGCCAGGAGUCCGCGGAGAAGCCGGCUACCCGGGCCCCAGCGGGGAUGCAGGCGCCCCAGGGGUGCAGGGAUACCCCGGGCUCCCGGGCCCUCGAGGACUGGCCGGAGGUCGAGGCGUGCCGGGACAGCCUGGGAGACAGGGCGUGGCGGGCCGAGAUGCCAGUGACCAGCACAUCGUAGACGUGGUACUUAAGAUGCUGCAAGAGCAACUGGCAGAGGUAGCUGUGAGUGCUAAGCGGGAAGCCCUGGGUGCAGCCGGGAUGAUGGGCCCCCCAGGGCCCCCGGGCCCCCCUGGGUAUCCAGGCAAGCAGGGACCCCAUGGGCACCCUGGUCCUCGGGGCAUUCCUGGCAUCGUCGGAGCCGUGGGUCAAAUUGGCAACACAGGACCCAAGGGGAAACGUGGAGAGAAGGGUGAUCAAGGAGAAGUGGGACGUGGGCCCCCCGGGAUGCCUGGACCUCCAGGAAUCCCAGGACUCCGUGGCCGGCCUGGCCAGGCUAUCAACGGCAAGGAUGGAGAUCGAGGGUCCCCAGGGGCACCAGGAGAGGCAGGCCGACCUGGCCUGCCAGGCCCCGUGGGGCUGCCAGGCUUCUGUGAGCCUGCAGCCUGCCUUGGAGCUUCAGCCUAUGCCUCUGCACGCCUUACUGAGCCAGGAUCCAUCAAGGGGCCAUGA